UAUCCACGUCUAAAUUAGGCCAGAAAUUUCAAAAUAGGCCCCAAGGAAAAAAUCACUCCUGCAAUUCCUUCCAGGAUUCUCAGGGAAGACUGAAGAGCUAGAGAUGGCUCUGGAAAACUGUUUUCAAUUGAGCUCAGUUUGCACAACUAGAGCUCGUGUGCUGCAAAGCUACAAUCAUUUUUCAUUUGUUGAGAAGAUUCAUUUGCCGACAUUUAGAGGGUUCAAUAAACCCAAUUUAUCAUUUACUUCAUCUUCACCUUCUGGUCAUUCAUUCAAUGGCAGAUGCAAAAAAUCCAGGCUCAUCUGCAAAGCUCGUGAAGCUGUUGAUCAAGUUGAAGUGGUGACGGAAGCAAACUGGGGAGAGCUUGUCGUUGGUAGUGAAACUACAGUUUUGGUGGAGUUUUGGGCACCAUGGUGUGGACCCUGUCGCAUGAUUGAGCCUGUUAUCGCUGAAUUAGCAAAAGAAUAUGCUGGAAAGAUUGCUUGUUACAAGCUCAACACUGAUGAUAGUCCAAACAUUGCCACACAGUUCGGAAUCAGGAGCAUCCCGACCGUGCUGUUCUUCAAGGAUGGAGAGAAGAAAGAGAGUGUCAUUGGUGCAGUGCCCAAGUCUACCUUGGCUGCUACCAUUGACAAAUAUGUUGAUAGCUGAAUCCAAACAAAUCAAAGUUUGUUGUAAAAUGUAAGAGUUACAUGGUCUGUUCAUGCCAUGCCAGUUUUUUUUUAUCAUUCAUUCAUAUAGCAUAUCUAUGACCAUUUUCUUCGUUUAAUAUGUUGUAUAUAUUAGUAGUAUUUUGUAACAAAAAUCCUUUCUUUGUCAUCGUCAAUGCUCUUUAAUUAACCUGAAAUUUCAAAG